AUGGAUAUCGCAGAUGUAGACCGUGCCCGAGACAUGCACAGAGAAUACCUAGAUUUCCUUGAUGAUGAAGCUGAUCAAGGAAAGUACUCCCAAUUGGUUAAAAACAUGAUCGCCGAUAAGUCCCACAGAUUGAUAGUGAACAUCAAUGACUUGAGAAGGAAGAACCCUAACAGAGCCAAACAGCUUCUCACCAAAGCUUUUGAGGAGCAAAAAGCCUUCCAAACGGCCCUCAAAGAAUACGUUAUGACCGUGUCCUCGGACUUUGCCAAAGACAGUGAAGAGUUUUUUGUUGCCUUUGAGGGAAGUUUUGGAAACAAACAUGUUACCCCACGUAGUUUAACUUCUAGGUAUCUUGGCAAUUUGAUUUGUGUUGAAGGUAUAGUUACAAAAUGUUCUCUAGUUAAUCCCAAAGUAGUACGUAGUGUGCAUUAUUGUCCUACUACUAAAAAAGUAAUGGAAAGGAAAUACACAGAUGUUACUUCCUUUGAGGCUGUGCCUUCUUCUGCAGUGUAUCCAACUCAGGAUGAUGAUGGCAAUCCAUUGGAAACUGAAUUUGGUUUGUCCAUGUACAAAGACCAUCAAACUAUUUCUAUACAGGAGAUGCCAGAAAAAGCUCCUGCUGGACAAUUACCUAGAUCAGUGGAUAUCAUUUGUGAUAAUGAUUUGGUGGAUUGCUGCAAACCUGGUGAUAGAAUACAGGUGGUUGGGAAUUUUAGGUGUCUACCCAAUAAACAGGGUGGUUAUACUAAUGGCACAUUCAGGACUGUCGUGAUCGCCAACAAUAUCUCGCAGUUGAGCAAGGAAGCGAGUCCCCGUAUUUCCAGAGAGGACGUGCAACGUUGCAAACAACUAGCCAGGUCCAACAAGAGCAUUUUCAACCUUCUGGCCAAGUCUCUGGCUCCUUCUAUCCAUGGCCAUGAGUACAUCAAGAAGGCCAUUUUGUGUCUUCUGCUGGGAGGUAUGGAGAAAGUGCUGCCGAACGGGACUCGGCUCAGGGGGGACAUCAACAUUUUGCUUAUCGGGGAUCCCAGUGUUGCCAAGUCGCAGUUGCUCAGGUACGUGUUGUGUACUGCUCCAAGAGCUAUCCCCACCACUGGCAGAGGCUCUUCGGGGGUAGGUUUGACAGCCGCUGUCACUACAGAUCAAGAAACCGGUGAAAGGAGAUUGGAAGCUGGCGCUAUGGUCCUAGCCGACAGAGGCGUGGUUUGCAUCGAUGAAUUCGACAAGAUGAGUGACAUUGACAGAACGGCUAUACACGAGGUCAUGGAACAAGGAAGAGUGACCAUCGCGAAAGCUGGCAUACACGCGAGCUUGAAUGCCAGGUGUUCUGUACUGGCGGCAGCCAAUCCUGUCUACGGAAAGUAUGAUCAGUACAAAACGCCUAUGGAAAAUAUAGGUCUUCAAGAUUCGCUUUUGUCUCGUUUCGACUGUCUUUUCGUCAUGCUAGACGCCAUAGACGAGGACAACGAUCUGAAGAUAGCGGAUCACGUGGUUAGGAUGCACCGGUACAGAAACCCUUUAGAACAAGACGGCGAAGUCCUGCCGAUGGGCUCCAAGGUGGACAUGUUGAGUACCGCCAAUCCCGAUGAAGAUCUCGACGACAAAGUGACACCCGUCUACGAGAAAUACGACAGCCUCUUACACGGCGCCAGCCGUAAAAAGACCGACAAGAUACUCAGCGUCGAGUUCAUGCGCAAGUACAUCUACUUCGUCAAAAUACUCAAGCCGAAACUGACCGAGGAGGCGUCGGAGAUCAUUUCCGACGAGUACUCGCGACUGCGCAGCGAGGAUCUGCUGGAAAAUGAUGUGGCUCGGACCCAACCCGUGACCCCUCGUACCCUGGAGACCCUCAUCCGUUUAGCAACGGCCCACGCUAAGGCGCGCAUGUCCAGAGAGGUGGAAGCUGAGGACGCCCACGUGGCCAUCGAGCUGGUGCAGUACGCCUACUUCAAGAAGGUGCUCGAGAAGGAGAAGAAGAGGAGGAGAAGGGAGGAGGAGGAGGAUUCGGCAGAGGAGGAGGGGGAACAGAGGCCGAAGCGGGCUAGAGCUGCGAGAUCAGAGGCGGGCGAUUCGGACGAGGAAAUAAUUUCCACGCAGAGUUCCACCAGAAGCAGGCAGAGCACGAGAAGGACCGGCGACGUGGCGGCAACCGAGGAAUCGAUGGCGGAUGGAACGAACGGCUACCUCAACGGGCAUUCGCAGCCUGAAAGUGAGGUUAUGGAGGUGGACGAAACGCCGACUGAAGUUUCGGAUGACAGGUUGGCGCAGUUCAAAGGCUGUUUGCAGAGAGCUUUCAGGAGUAGCAUGACUCAUUCUCUCAGCUUGAGUCAUAUAAAGGAAUUCAUCAAUACCGAUAAUAACACCCCAUUUUCGCAAGGGGAAAUCAUUGCCGCCAUCAGUAAAAUGACUGACGAUAAUCAAGUCAUGUUAACAGAUAAUAUAGUGAUUUUAAUUUGA